AUGAAAACAAACAAACAAAAGAUUAAAGAAAAAUACUCAGACACAGUAAAUAAAUGUGCUUUAUUUCUGAACUUGCUGUGCUUGCAUGCUUUAAGGCUUCGUGGCGUUUGGGAAUUUAUUCCAAAUUGCGAGGUCCUUCAGCAGCUCCGCAGCGGUGCUGGUAACGCGCUGUGUCUGUGUUUGCAGGGCCUGGGUUUCCGUCCCCCUCCACACUCGCACAGCGACUGGAUCGGGCCCCCGGACAAGCACUCCAACCUGCGCCCCGUCAUCUUCUACGUGCCCCCCGAGGAGUCGGCGCUGGAGCGGCGCCUGCGGGAGGCGCGCCAGGAGGCGCAGGCCAGCAACCAGCGCUUCUGGGCACGGCACAACCGCGCCUUCCGCCAGGAAAAAGAAGAAUUUAUUUAUUCAAGACUGAAAGCCAAGGGUCUGGAAAUGAGAGAUGAAUCAGGUCAAAAAGCAACACUGAGUGCAGAAGAAAUGGCUGACUUUUACAAGGACUUUCUAAGUAAAAAUUUUAAAAAGCAUUUGCAGUACAACAGAGAUUGGUAUAAACAUAACUUUAGGAUCACAUUCCUCAUGGGACAAGUUGCAGUGAUGAGAGCUCUGAGGUGGCUUCGUGGGAGAAAGAGAAAUGUAGAACAGUAAUCACAGCUCCAUGAAGAAUGCAACACAACAUGUUAUAAAAUUGUGGUUUUUAGUAAUGUUCAAAAUCUGAAUGAUUGAUGCAAUAGUUACUUGAAUUUGUUUGUUAAAUUUGUAAAUAAAAGUCAACACUGGUCUUAAUUUAUAAUCAGUAUGUAGAUUUCCUUCACCCUUUAUUCCAGGAGUAUCUAAAAUAUUUCUCCAC